AUGGAGAAAUUUGAAAGAUAUUGUAAUCCGAGAAAGAAUUUAACAUUUGAUAGACAUUCGUUUUUUACAAGAAACCAACAGGAAGGUGAGACAAUAGAUACAUACGUUACUGAACUGAGAAAUAAAGCCUAUAGAUGUGAAUUUGCUGAUCUUAAAGAUGGAUUAAUUCGCGAUCGAAUUGUAUGUGGGAUAACUAAUGACUCUGUAAGGGCACGUCUGCUUCGGGAAUCUGAUUUAAGCUUGGAGAAAUGUGUAGAUAUUUGUAGAGCAUCUGAAAUAAGUGCCUUCCAACUGAAGGAACUUACUGAUGAAAAGUCAGUGCAUGCAGUGCGGGUUGAAGAUAAGCGAUGCAUGGAAGGAAAAGAGAGAAGAGAAAAGGGUUAAAACUGGUAAUAACAUUUGUAGCUAUUGUGGUGGUUAUCGACAUAGGAGAGGUCGUUGCCCAGCUUAUGGUAAGAACUGCAAUAGAUGCAAAAAGUUGCAUCAUUUUGCCAGUAUGUACAAAGCAAAAGAGGCAAACUUUAUUGAUAAAACUGAUGAAGAACAAGACCAACAUUAUUUUAUUGGAACAGUUAAUUCAGAUGAAGCGAAGCAGGACGAUUGGUGUGUACAUUUGAAAGUAAAUGAGCAUACCACCUCAUUCAAGAUUGAUACAGGGGCCCAGUGUAAUGUCAUGCCGGUGUAGAAAAGUUGGAAUUGAAUACACUCACAAAACUGGAGCUAAAUUGAUUUCAUAUUCAGGGCAUGAGAUUAAGGCAGUAGGCAAAGCCACAAUUGCAGUUGAAUGCAAGGACAAGUAUUACUUGCUGGAUGUACAAGUUGUAAACUCUGAUGUCAUACCAGUAUUAAGAUUGCCAAGCAGCAAUGAGUUGAAUUUAAUUCAGAGAGUUCAUAACAUUGAGUCAAGUAAUGACCAAAGCACUGAAGAAAUUUUGGAAAAGUAUGAAUAUUUAUUUGAAGGAAUUGGUACUCCACCAGGAGAAUAUGAAAUUAAAAUCGAGGAACCUGUCAGUCCAACAAUUCAUCCACCAAGACGAAUUCCGCAUAUGUUAAAGGACAAAGUAAAGGAUGAGUUGAAUAGAAUGGAAGCAAGGGGCAUUAUAACAAAAGUUGAACAACCCACCAAAUGGGUUAAUCCAAUGGUGGUGUUGAAGAAACCAAAUGACGAUGUACGAAUUUGCCUUGAUCCAGUGGAUUUGAACAAGGUGAUCCAACGAGAACAUUAUCCGUUAAAAACAGUUGAAGAGGUAGCAGCUAGCCUUGGGAAUGCAAACAUAUUUAGCACCUUUGAUGCCACGUCUGGGUUUUAUCAAAUAAAGCUUACAGAGGAAAGCACGGUUAGCCUUGGCAGGUAUAGACAAAUAUUUAGUUUUCGUGGAUUAUCAUUCAAAAUACUUUGAAUUAACUAGAGUCACGGACAGUACAAGUAAUACGGUAGUGAACGUUCUUCAACAACACCUGGCCAGAUAUGGGCUUCCAGAGAUUCUUUAUACGGAUAAUGGUCCCGAGUUUUCCAGUAAGGAAUUUUUCAACUUUGUCAGAAAGUAUCAGUUUCAACAUGUCACAUCAUCACCAACCUUUCCACAAAGUAAUGGGUUUGUCGAGAGAACUAUACAGACAGCAAAGAAAUUACUGAAGAAAGCUUGUGAUGAUGGUAGCGAUCCUCAUUUAGCAAUUUUGGAAUUGCGAAAUACUCCAAUACAGGGAGUUGAUUUAUCACCAAUGCAACUAUUGAUGGGCCGUCGUGCUAAAACACUUAUACCCAUAAAGCAGUCCUUGUUAAAGCCAAUGGCAUAUGAUGUAGAAAGGGUUCAACAAUAG